CUGGUCAAGAUCCUUCUCCUUCUUUUUUCUCUCCUCAAACUGCGCGCAAAUGCUUUAUUUUGAAGGUCGGGACCGGAAACCGAACCCUUCAUUCCGUCUUCCGGCUUGACUCUCAAACGUAAGCGUGAGCCAGCCGUACAGGGAAUCGCCAGUACGCGGCUUUCCACUCUCGGUGUGGCGAUGAGAGGAAGCCUGACGCGUUAACCUGGUCGUCGCCGGUGAACGGGCAGCUGCACGGCAGCAUCUCUCCCAGCGGAACCGUCGGUCGGGACCAGUGGCUGCCGCCGCCGCCAGACUGGUUCGCUAGCUAGCUAACGUCAACCUGCUAACUUCGGCGGUGUACGAGACGAAGAGUGGGGCCUCUGGCUGGUGAGACUCGGCUGACGGAGACCGUCUAACACCCCCGGUUUAUUUACCGGAGCAACACCCCGCCGCCAUGGACAACCUGAGUGACGCUCUGCAGAAGCUGAAGCUGGCCUCCCCGGGCAGCGCGGCUGACUGCGUGGAGGGCAGUCUGGACUGCCUGGUCAAGGCUCUCGCCAGCAACAACACUGAGGCCAGCAUGAAGAUCCAGGAGAUGGGCAUCCUCCCCCUGUUCCCCGGCCUGCUGAACCCCCAGUCUUCCUGCACCCCCAAACUGUUACACUCCACCGACCAGGAGGUUUUACUGCAGACUGGUCGAGCUCUAGGCAACAUCUGCUACGACAGCCAUGAGGGCAGGAGUGCUGUUCACCUGGCAGGAGGGGCUCAAAUAGUAGCUGAACACAUUAAAUCCCUCUCCCAAAAUACUCAGCCGGAAAAUGAGAAGCUCUUGACUGUCUUUUGUGGCAUGCUGAUGAACUAUAGCAAUGAUAAUGAUUCUUUACAAGCCCAGCUCAUCAGUAUGGGUGUGAUCCCUACUCUGGUGAAGUUGCUCGGCAUCCAUUCUCACAACACAGCCCUGACAGAAAUGUGUCUAAUCGCCUUUGGAAAUUUGGCAGAGCUCGAGUCCAGCAAAGAACAGUUUGCCUCCACCAACAUUGCCGAGGAGCUGGUGCGUCUUUUCCAGAAGCAGACCGAGCACGAGAAGAAGGAAAUGAUCUUUGAGGUUCUGGCUCCACUUGCUGAAAACGAUGUGAUCAAGCUGCAGCUGGUGGAGGCCGGCCUGGUGGAGUGUCUGCUGGAGGUUGUGGCUCAGACUGUGGACGGAGAGCGGGAGGAGGACAUCGCCCAGCUCAAGACCGCCUCGGACCUCAUGGUUCUUCUGCUUCUGGGAGAUGAGUCCAUGCAGAAGCUGUUUGAGGGGGGAAAGGGGAGCGUCUUCCAGAGGGUCCUGUCUUGGAUACCGUCUAACAACCACCAGCUGCAGCUGGCCGGGGCUCUGGCUAUCGCCAACUUUGCUCGCAAUGAUGGGAACUGCAUCCACAUGGUGGACACCGGCAUCGUGCAGAAGCUGCUGGAGCUGCUGGACCGCCACGUGGAGGAGGGCAACGUGACGGUGCAGCACGCGGCGCUGAGCGCCCUGCGGAACCUGGCCAUACCCGUGGUGAACAAGUCCAAGAUGCUGUCUGCUGGCGUAGCCGACGUGGUGCUGAAGUUCCUGCAGUCGGAGAUGCCUCCCGUUCAGUUCAAGCUGCUGGGGACGUUACGCAUGCUCAUCGACACGCAAGCCGAAGCCGCAGACCAGCUGGGAACCAACGGGAAGCUGGUGGACCGGCUCGUGGAGUGGUGCGAAGCCAAAGAUCACGCGGGAGUGAUGGGCGAGUCCAACCGGCUGCUGUCGGCCCUCAUUCGGCACAGCAAGUCCAAGGAAGUCGUCAGAACCGUUAUCCAGGGAGGAGGAGUCAAACACUUGGUUACCAUGGCAACUAGCGAGCAUAUGAUCAUGCAGAACGAAGCUCUGGUGGCUCUGGGCCUCAUAGCAGCCCUGGAUUUGGUUGCGGCUGAGAAGGACUUUGUGGGAGCCAGCCUGGUGUCGGUGCUCCACAAGCUGCUGUCGGACGAGAGGAGUGCCCCCGAGAUAAAGUACAACUCCAUGAUCCUCAUCUGUGCCGUCAUGGGCUCAGAGCCUCUUCACAAGGAGGUGCAGAGCUUAGCGUUCAUCGACGUGGUGUCCAAGCUGCGGGCUCAUGAAAACAAGUCGGUCUCGCACCAGGCCUCGCUCACAGAGCAGCGGCUAACUGCCCAGAGCUAAAUGACUGUGUGUAACCCCCUCCCCCCCCCCGCAGCCACCCACCCACCCAAACGCCUGCCUGACCACCUCCUCACCACCUCCAAACCUCAUGACUGCUCCUCCCCGUGCCCCUUCGUCAUGUGCCAAGGUACCAGGUCACGUUAACUGCCAGCUAGACAUACAGCCGUCUCUCUGUCAUCAACCCCCCCUGCCCCCCCCAACCCCCCUCACCCAUAUCUGCAUGGUUUAGACCGAUGUGCAGAACCUCGCACUUAAAUUGAAGUCAUGAAUUGGAGUGUUUUUUGAUAAAGAUUUUUUUUUCAGUUGAUUUUUCUUUUAUCACUAUAUGGUGAAAAGGCCUCUGAAACAGUUUUUCCACCUCUCCUUUUUAAAGCCAUAGGAGCUAGAUGUAAAGGUGGGUGGCACGUCUUUAAGGCACAGUCAGGCAGGCUCCAUUUCGGGCUUUACCAACCCCGUGGUAUCGGACACGGCAGACAGAUUAGAAUCUGCAAAGGCUCCGCAUCAGUCUAAACCAGGUCCCACCUCCACCUGUGCAUGCACCCUCUGCCCGACGCCGCCCCGCCGGGGCUGAGGCGCCAUAAGAGAGACAAGACUUUUACGACCAUAGCUGUGACACCAUCGGACGGAAAGCCACCACUGAAACAUGUGCACAAACUAAGGAACUCCAAAAAAGAAGAAAAAAAUAAUAAUCCUACCACUUUUUCUAAAGAAGAGAAACAGCCAUCCAUGACGUGUCUGGUCGUGUCCCUGUAGCCGUGUAUGAGCUGACUAGAAGCAGUGCAUGUUUUUGUCCCGUUGAAGCUGUGACAGUGCUCGUUCCCGCCCCCCCCACCACCACCACCCCACACCUCCGGUCUCGUGCUCUCCUCUUUUUUGCACUCGUUCUUUAGACUUGGAUUUAGAGAUUUUAGCGUUUUAAUUCCACAUAUGUCCGAAACACAUUCCCCUGAUCCGGAAGGUGUACAGUGAGAGAACCCCGCGCUUUUCCAGGCCGUCGCAGAAAGGCUGCCCGGCAGGAGGGCCAGGCCGUGGACAGAGGUCAGUAGUUAUCCUAGUCAGCCUUUCUUAGCCGAGUCCGGGACUGAGAGCAGUCGAGUUUAGCCAGAGAAAACGUCCACGCGGCCAAUUGGAAGUGUGCCUGUCCCAGUCAAAAUGUCUACUAGAGCUGUUUAGCCCUCGGCAGAGUAUGAGCUCUGUAGGAGCUUCGGGCCUUGAUUCAGGACCGUCGUACAUCAUGUUGUGGUCUUACAUAACCGUUUCCUAGUAGUUUCACAACAUGUCAACGUAUGAAUGUUUGACAUGGACGGUGGGCGAAAGAUAACCCAUCGUAGAGUGAGAGAUUUGCAACAAUAAAUAUGUUUGUCUGACCAAGGAAGAUAUUUCCAAUGACGCAGCACAUACACUGUAAAGCUGAAGAAAGCACUGGAUGAUCUGGAUCUGACCCGGCUGCUUGCUGUUAGUUCCAGCCUCGCUCGUCAUUGCCGAGAAAUCAGGGUCGAGGACUAUUUUAGACGGGCAGGAUAUUGACAGAGGAACAGCCUUUUCUCCAUUUGUCCCGGCUAGUGGAAGGGAUCCGUGCAAAGACGCACUUGUGAGCAUGUCCCCAACCGGGCCCUCCCCGUCCGCCGUGUCCCUCCGUCUGGGCCGACACUUUUUUUAAGGUAUGAAUGGUUAUUUAUCAGACUUGUGAUCUACUUAAGACACAUGCCAGUGGAGAUGUAUCCAUAGUAACUGCAUAAAAUACUAUAAACAUAAAUGUUUGUUGUAAAUGUCAUUGACUUGUACAUUUGGAGGACUCGGCAGAUAAUUAAAAGAUGAUAGCUGGUGA